AUGGUUCUAGUACAAGACGCAUCUGGCUCUCGAGCCGCAAAGCUCAUCAAGACCUUCUGGGCCGUCAUCAAAGGCGAACAGCAAAUCAUCAAUGCACACUCCGCAAAGUUAUUUGCACAAGCUUGUGAGAUCUACAGGAGCAAGAACUCGCCUGUCAAAUUUGUCGAGGUCCUGAUCUCGAACCCUGCCGGCAUCGCGGCGUUGGAGAGAGUAGUCCGCGUCGACUUGACUUUUAGCUUCAUAAACACCACUGCCUUGCCGUUUCUCCUAACGCUAUCGGAUGAGGGCGUCGCUUCUCUCAGCAAUGGUGGAUUCCUUCGCCAGAUGCUGACGGCUAUUCUGGAGCCGGUGACCUUUUGGACUGCUGCCGUGGGCGCUUACCAUAAUGACAAACUCGACAAUGUCGGGCUUGAGGCAUUUGCCUGGCUGUGCCUACAGAUUGUCUCUGAUCAAACGAGCUUUGGAAUCCAUAAACAAGCAGUCAAAGAAUUGAUGGACAGCAAGUCUCUUCUCAAAUCGCAGUCGCCCGAGGUGAGAAAGACCGCAUACCGCAUCGAUAAGAUCAUCAAGAUCUUUGCCCAACCCGAAAUUGCAUCCAACGGAGUCACUCCUGGAGGACGUCACGACAAUGAUCAUGCCAACUUUCGCGAUAUCUCAAUUUAUCCGACCUCUGAAGAACUUCUGUCGACCGAUCCUCCGUAUCUCCAGCGACUGGGGGAGGUUUUUGAUAAGCCAAUGGAGACCCGAAGUCAGAGCUACCGUGACUGGCUCUUCCGUCUCCUUCGCGAGGACAUGCUCUCUGAGCUUCGCGAAGAUCUUCAAGUCGCGAUGAGUCAGAAGAAGGGCAAGCGCCGUCCUGUUGCUUUGGCGCAAUUGAGACUGGUUGGCAUCAAUACCGACCAUGACAUUGAGACCAAGCACAUCCCGCCAUAUGCUCUCUACUUCGCGUGCCAGCAGGGCAUUAAUUUUCCGCCUAAAGUAUCAGAAAGCGGGAAGAAGGCGUUUAUAGAAGAGUCCAAGAAUUUUAUGAAACAAGAUUCUUUCGGUGCGCUCUGUUGCAACGGCUCCAUCAUCGCAUUCGGGUCGCUUGUCAGAGACGUCGCCAAUCUCCUCAAGACACCACCCAUCAUCGGUAUCAAGUUUAGCGAUGGCUCAGGUCUCGAGAAGGCGAUAGCAGCCCUCCAAGGCCCUUUCAAGGAUAAAGUCAAGUUCUUUAUCGUAGACACGGCUACCUUUGCCUAUGAGCCGAUUCUCCAGCGAUUGAAGACCAUCGCCGAGUUCCCACUCGAAGCUCAAUUGAUCGAUGCGGAGCAACCUGCUCAGGAUGGACCGAGAUCAACGUCAUUGGACGCCCUGCCACAUCAGCUCCGUGCUGCUUUGGACUCGGGGCGUAAAAUCAAGAUGCCUCCAGGUUUGAAGCUGAAAAAAGACAUCUAUUUACAGGGCGCUCAGCUGAGAUCGUUCAUUCAUGGCAUCAGCAGCAACCUGGCUCUCAUUCAAGGCCCACCUGGUACAGGAAAGUCAUUCUUGGGCGCACUCAUUCUCUUGACUAUCCUACGAUUGAGCAAGUCGCGUAUCCUUGUUCUGAGCUAUACGAACCACGCCCUUGACCAGUUUUUGGAGGAUCUGAUGGACAUUGGCAUCAGCUCAGAUCAAAUGGUUCGUCUGGGCUCCAAGUUUACUGAAGCCACCAAACCCACUCUUCUGAGAGAAUACGACGGUCAAAAGAGGUAUUGGUUGAAGCCGGAGGAGAGAAAUAUCCUCAAUUCACUUCGCGUCAAUGAAACAAAUCUCAGCGCGGAGCUUCAAGAAUGCAGCAGAAAGCUCGCUGCACGAGAGGCUCAUCCGGCCGAUAUCCUGGAACACCUGGAGCUUUCCGAAAAUUUCAGCAUCGCAUGGGAAGCUUUUCAAGUGCCAGAAGACGACGGGUUCAAGAUGGUUGGUUCGGAUGGUAAAACAAUUGAACCGGCCGAUGUUUACAAAUUUUGGCUGGGCGGCGGUGAUGUCAAUCGUCUCGGACACCUCAGCGCAUCUCUCGACCCGAGAACCCGUACCGUUUGGAAUGCGCCGCUCGCUGUGAGAAAGCAAUGUCAUUAUGAGUGGUCUCAAAUGGUUCGUGAGGAACAGAGCGCCCGUUUCGUUGAACUGAGCCAGCGAUUCAGUGAUGUGAGGACCGAGAUCAAGAGUAUCCUUGACGAGCGCGGACGAAGAGUUCUCCAGGAUAAACAAAUCAUCGCAUGCACAACAACCGCGGCAGCAAUGUACCAGUCAAUCAUUGAAACCGCCAAUCCCGACGUCAUCUUGGUUGAAGAAGCGGGAGAAAUUCUCGAAGCGCAUAUUAUUACAGCCAUGAGUGCUUCAGUCAAGCAGCUCAUACUCAUCGGAGAUCACAAGCAGCUCAGGCCAAAGGUCGGCAAUUAUUUGUUGACGAAGGAAAAAGGCGAAGGCUACGAUCUGAACGUGUCGCUCUUCGAAAGACUUGUUAUCCAGGGUCGCCAUUUCACAGCCCUUGAAGAGCAGCACCGCAGUCAUCCAGAUAUCUCACAAUACCCUCGCAUGCUAGCCUAUCCCGAACUAAAGGACAUGCCAUCAACUUCAGACCGCCAGCCGAUCCGAGGAUUGAAGAGUCGAGUUACAUUUGUUCAUCAUGAACGACCGGAGGAUACCAUGGACGAUGUCGCUGAGCGCCGGGACCCUACUGCCAAAGCCAGCAAAAAAAACCUUCACGAGGCUAUGAUGGUUCUCCGAAUGGUGCGGUACCUAUCGCAGAAUGGAUACAAGACUGAGAACAUGGUUGUUCUCACGCCAUAUCUGGGCCAAUUAUUCCUUUUGAAGGAGACUCUUCGGAAGGAAAUGGAUCCCUGGCUAAAUGAUGUUGACAACCAUGACCUGGUGCAUAACUAUCAAGGAGAAGAAUGCGAUAUCGUCAUCGUCUCACUAACACGCAGCAACGUAUCGGGAGACAUUGGAUUUCUGUACGCUCGCGAACGACUAGUCGUCCUUCUAUCACGAGCCAGAAACGGCAUGAUUCUCUUUGGAAACAUGGAGACAUUCAUGAAAAGCAAGAAGGGCGGUAAAAUGUGGACGCAGUAUUUCGAUGCGCUGAAGAUGAAUAAUUCCAUAUUCGAUGGAGUGCCUAUCCAUUGCGAGCGCCACCCUGAGACGUCCAUGUUGUUGAAGCUGCCGGAAGACUUUGAUAAGAAGUGUCCCGAUGGAGGAUGUGCCGAACCCUGUAACGCCCCGUUGAGUUGCGGCAAGCACAAGUGUCAGCGACGCUGCCAUAGAGUGCAGGACCACUCAAAGAUCCAAUGCUUUGCCAAAGUCGACAGAAAGUGCGAUAAAGGCCAUACGACGAAGGCCCCAUGCGGAAAUAAGACCAAAGUCUGCGCGACCUGCAUCAAAGAGGAGGAAGAAAAUCAGCGACGUAUCGAACGCAAACUCGAACUCGAACGACAGCGCCAGGAGGAUGAUGAGAGGCGUAUCAGACGUGAUCUCGAAUUGGAACGGAAACGCCAAAAGCUCCAAGACAAUUAUCGCCUGCAGUUACAACAGAUUGAAGAUGAGAUUGACCAUCGCCGUCGAACUAUGAAGUACGAGUCUGAAGAGAAGAAGCAUGCGGACGAGCUCAAACAAAGGAAGGAGGAGCUUGAGUCUCUUCGACAAGCUGAAAGCAACAAGAAGAAGAUGAAGGCAAACCAGAAAACCAGUCCACCGCCUCAGGCUGCUCCUCAGUUCGAUGCUAUCUCCAGUGCAGCCAAAGAGUGGAAGAACAUGAAAGAGGUUGAAGGUGCACGCGACGCUGCCCUGGAUAAGCUGAUGGGAAUGAUCGGUCUAGAGUCUGUGAAAGACCAGAUACUGUCGAUCAAGUCCACGGUCGACACCAAGAUACGUACAGGCAAGACGACAGUGGCCAGAAUAUUUGCCGAAUUCCUCACAACAAUCGGCGCAAUUGCAGGAAGCUGCUUCAAGGAAGUCACUGGCUCUAAACUCGCCAACAUGGGAGUCACUGGCUGUGAGAAGCUCAUUGAGGAUGUCAACAACAACGGUGGCGGAUGUGUAUUUAUCGACGAAGCAUACCAGCUGUCAUCUGGCAACAGUCCCGGCGGCAAGGCUGUACUAGAUUAUCUCCUGGCAGAGGUCGAGAACCUGAGAGGAAAGGUCGUGUUUGUCUUGGCAGGAUAUAGCAAGGAGAUGGAGUCGUUCUUCUCUCACAAUCCGGGCAUUCCCAGUCGAUUUCCCAUUGAGAUGAAGUUUGAGGACUACACAGAUAAAGAACUUCUCCAGAUUCUCCAGCUACAGAUCCAUCGCAAGUUCGACGGUAGAAUGGCUGUUGAGCAAGGAAGCGAUGGACUAUUCUGCCGGAUUGCCGUACGCCGGGUCGGUCAUGGUCGUGGAAAGAAUGGGUUCGGUAAUGCGCGCGCCAUAGAAAACUGCCUUCAGAAGAUCAGCCAACGACAAUCAGCACGUCUGAGAAGGGAACGCCGAGCCGGCAAGAAGCCAAAUGAUUUGCUCCUCACUCAAGAAGACAUCAUUGGGCCAGAACCUUCCGAGGCAUUGCUGAACAGCAAGGCUUACCGAGAGCUCAAAGCCCUGAUCGGAUUGCAGGAAGUCAAAGAUGCACUUGGUGUGCUCAUGGACACCUUGAGAACAAACUUCGAGCGUGAGCUUGCAGAGCAGCCUCUAGUAGAGUUCUCGCUCAACAAGGUAUUCUUGGGAUCGCCCGGCACUGGGAAGACUACUGUGGCAAAGCUCUACGGAGAGAUCCUCAAAGAUCUGGGACUUCUUUCGAAUGGAGAGGUCGUCACUAAGAACCCGGCUGAUUUUGUCGGGGCUGCUCUUGGGCAGUCAGAGGCCCAGACCAAGGGUAUCCUCGCCGCCACCGUCGGAAAAGUUCUUCUGAUUGACGAAGCAUACGGACUCUAUGGAGGAGGAGGCGUAAAUGGCUCGGUCGCUGAUCCCUACAAGGCGGCUGUUAUCGACACCAUCGUCGCAGAGGUUCAAAGCGUACCAGGCGAAGACCGAUGUGUCCUACUACUUGGCUACAAGGAGCAGAUGGAGGAGAUGUUCCAGAACGUCAAUCCUGGUCUCAGUCGACGCUUUCCCAUCUCGUCUGCCUUUGUCUUUGAAGACUUUGAUGAUGUUGCUCUGGCAAAGAUUCUGGACCUCAAGCUGGGCAAGUCGGGCUUCAAGGCAACAGUCAAGGCCAAGGUUGUCGCACUGGAUGUCCUGCGUCGUGCCAGAAACCGCCCGAAUUUUGGAAACGCUGGUGAGAUCAACAUUCUACUGGGAAGAGCUAUGGCCAGCCACCAAAAGCGUGUUUCAUCCGGACACGUUAAGAAGCAUGGGACCUUGGAGCCCAUUGACUUUGAUCAGGACUUUGACCGCGCUGAAAAGGGUGAUACCGACGUCAAGAAACUGUUUGAGGGCGAUGUUGGGCGUGAGCAUCUUAUAUCGAUCCUUCGAGGGUACCAGAUCCGCGUGCGUCAGGCCAAGCAACUGGAAAUUGACCCGGAAAUCCCCUUCAACUUCCUGUUCCGCGGCCCACCUGGUACAGGAAAGACUACAGCUGCGCGCAAGAUGGGCCAGGUGUACUAUGAUCUGGGCUUCUUGGCUAGCACAGAGGUCAUUGAGGUUUCUGCUACUGAGCUCAUCGGCCAGUACGUUGGACAUACUGGGCCUAAAGUGCAGCAGCUCCUUGACAAAGCUUUGGGGCGGGUCCUUUUCAUCGAUGAAGCGUAUCGACUGGCUUCCGACAGUUCGUUUGCCAGAGAGGCAGUUGAUGAGCUUGUGGAUUGCGUCACGAAGCCAAAGUAUCAUGGCAAGCUUAUAAUUAUCCUUGCUGGCUACGUGCAGGACAUCAAUACUCUGCUGGGCAUUAACCCCGGAAUGUCUAGUCGGUUCCCGGAAAGCAUUGACUUUGACCCUCUCACUCCUGCUAGCUGCAUUGAGCUCAUGACCAGUCAAUUACAAGCCAGCAGAUCCAAGCUCAACGGAAAGAUACCAGUGGAUCUGUCAUGUUUGGAGCGUCCUGAAAAGGAAUUCUUGACAGAGCUGACUCAUAAGUUCAAGGAACUGGCGAAACAGGAUAGCUGGGCAAAUGCGAGAGAUGUCAAAGAACUUGCCAAGAAGAUAUUUCACAAGUUUGACCUAUCUUCUAAGAGCCUGACGCUUACCGAGGAGCUCAUUCGCAGCACUAUAGACGACAUGGUGGCGGAGCGUCGAGGUCGAAUGACUGACAAGAAGCCUACUGCUGCGAGUGAGAUCGCUAAAGCACUCAAUGCUACACCCAAUUUCACACCACCUGCAACGACAACCAACGUCACCACACUUACUGAGGAAAAGGAGGAGGAGGAGCCAGAAGACGAGCUCCCAGCCAUCACUGUUCCCCAAGGUAUACGAGACGCCGGGGUAAGCGAUGAAGUUUGGGAACAGCUCCAAAAGGACAAAGAGCAGGAAGCCAAAGAUGAAGAGGAAAUUCGCCGACUCAAAAAGGCCCAGCAGAAUGCAAGUGACGCUGAUAGAGAGAAGCUCGUUCGUCGGAUUCUGGCUGAGGAGGAGAAACGGAAGAAGAUUGAGGCGAGGAAGGCAAAGUUGAUGACGAUGGGAGUUUGCCUGCUGGAUUUAACUGGAUUAAACAGGGUGGUAUGUACAGCCACCAAGAUUGAAUGA